GUGCAGAAGCAGGUGGUUUAGCUGAACAACCAAUGGAAGAAGCAGGAAUGACACCUGAAGUUAUUCAGAAGUUACAAGAUAAAGCAACUCUUCUCACCACAGAACGAAAGAAAAGAGGCAAGACUGUUCCGGAAGAACUUGCUAAGCCAGAAGAUAUUCGUUCCUAUCACACACUUGCAUCACAUCCUGGUUUGCAUAGUGCUAGUGUUCCAGGUAUUCUUGCAAUGGAUGUUUGUCCCAGUGAUACUAGUAAAAUACUGACUGGUGGAAAUGACAAAAAUGCAACUAUUUUUAAUAAAGAUACUGAGCAAGUAAUUACAAUUUUGAAAGGCCAUACAAAGAAAGUUACAUCUGUUAUAUAUCAUACAGAAGAAGAGACAGUUAUUACAGCUUCUCCAGAUACAAUUAUUCGUAUUUGGCACGUACCAACUUCUCAAACUGUUCAAGCAAUUCGAGCUCACGAAGGUCCAGUUACGGGUCUUAGUUUACAUGCAACAGGAGAUUAUCUUCUCAGUACAUCAACAGAUGAGCAUUGGGCAUUUUCUGAUUUAAGAACAGGCAGAGUUUUGACAAAGGUUGGAGAUACUUCUACUCCUCAUGCUUUGACAACAGCACAAUUUCAUCCAGAUGGUCUUAUUUUUGGAACUGGUACAUCUGAUUCUCUCAUUAAAAUUUGGGAUCUGAAGGAAAGGACAAAUGUUGCAAACUUUCCUGGUCAUUCUGGGCCUAUUUCUGCAAUUGCUUUCUCAGAAAAUGGUUACUAUUUGGCGACUUCAGCAGAUGAUUCAGUUGUCAAAUUAUGGGAUUUAAGAAAAUUGAAAAAUUUUAAAUCAAUUACCCUUGAUGAAGGUUAUGAGGUUAAAAAUUUAAGUUUUGAUCAGAGUGGAACAUUUUUAGCUGUUGCUGGUACUGAUGUUAGAAUAUAUUUAUGUAAACAGUGGGACAAUCUGAAAGUCUUUUCUGACCACACCGCUCUGGCCACGGGUGUUCGUUUUGGCCAACACGCACACUUCAUCGCCUCGGUUAGUAUGGACAGGACACUAAAAAUUUACGGCAUAUGAUGUCAAGAAUAAUGAACAUAAAAAACUAGGUUAGACUGCGUCGUCACAGCCAAAAUGUUUACAUGAAUUAAUACACCUUUCUGUUAUGUAACGUCGUCAUUAUGCAAGUUUUUGUGAAAUUUAUAAUAAAUCCAUUUAUUAAAAAAUAAAAGCUCUUUCUUAUUAAACAAUUUGA